UAGCUUGGUACAUCUGGAACGUAUUUGGUCGACGGCAAUGUCUUUAUUCGCGAGACAACUUCAAUCCUUGACUGCCAGUGGAAUCCGCACACAGCAAGUUCGUCUUGCGAGCACGGAAGUAUCAUUCCACACAAAGCCAUGCAAACUUCAUAAACUUGACAAUGGACCAAACACCUCUGUCACCUUGAACAGAGAAGAUGCUCUCAAGUACUACCGUGACAUGCAGGUCAUUCGUCGCAUGGAGUCUGCUGCUGGAAACUUGUACAAGGAGAAGAAAAUCCGCGGUUUCUGUCAUCUCUACUCUGGUCAAGAAGCUUGUGCCGUCGGAAUGAAGGCUGCAAUGACAGAAGGAGAUGCCGUCAUCACUGCUUACCGUUGUCACGGAUGGACCUGGCUUCUUGGAGCUACCGUAACCGAGGUUCUUGCUGAAUUGACCGGUAGAGUUGCCGGAAAUGUUCACGGAAAAGGAGGAUCCAUGCAUAUGUACACAAAGAAUUUCUAUGGAGGAAACGGAAUUGUUGGAGCACAACAGCCACUUGGAGCUGGAGUUGCAUUGGCCAUGAAAUACCGUGAACAAAAGAAUGUAUGUGUUACUUUGUAUGGUGAUGGUGCCGCUAAUCAAGGACAACUUUUCGAGGCGACUAACAUGGCUAAACUUUGGGAUCUUCCUGUUCUGUUCGUUUGCGAAAACAAUGGAUUCGGAAUGGGAACUACUGCUGAACGUUCAUCUGCUUCUACCGAGUAUUAUACUAGAGGAGACUAUGUUCCUGGAAUCUGGGUUGAUGGUAUGGACAUUCUCGCUGUUCGCGAGGCUACCAAGUGGGCUAAGGAAUAUUGUGACAGUGGUAAAGGACCACUUAUGAUGGAAAUGGCCACCUAUAGAUACCAUGGACACUCUAUGUCUGACCCAGGAACCAGCUACCGUACCCGUGAAGAGAUUCAAGAAGUUCGUAAAACAAGAGACCCAAUUACUGGAUUCAAGGACCGUAUCAUUACAUCUUCAUUGGCCACAGAGGAAGAACUUAAGGCUAUUGACAAGGAAGUUCGCAAAGAGGUCGAUGAAGCGUUGAAGAUUGCUACAUCAGACGGUGUUCUCCCACCAGAAGCUCUCUACGCCGAUAUUUAUCACAACACCCCAGCUCAAGAGAUUCGCGGAGCCACUAUUGAUGAAACUAUCGUCCAGCCAUUCAAAACUUCUGCUGAUGUACUGAAGUCUAUUGGAAGAGCUUAAACGACACGAAUUUUCUAUGCAACAUUGACUGGCAAAAAUUUAUAAUAAUUCUUACGAAAUUAAGUUUUUAGUGCUUUUAUAUAGUUUCGGUGACUGUUUUCUUCCGAUGAGUUCAUUUCUAGUUUCUAGUUGUUCACUUUUCUUCUCGAUUUUCAAUUGCAUAAAUCACAUUUUCUCACCGUUAAUCAUUCAUGGUCAAACUUUAAAACUAGUGGAAAUUGAGAAGUUUUUAAAAAACCCCUUUAAAUUUUCCGUCCACUUAUUUCAAUGUUACUUCAGGUAUAAAAAAGGUCCAAGAAAAGCAAUAAAAUUACGUUCAUAAUAGAAAAAUGAAAUGAAUGAAAAUGCACACUAAACUUAGGAUGAUAUUUUAAGAGAU